AUGCCUUGCUUUGUCCCUUUUGACAGUAAGAAUUUGGAUAUCUCCUUCUGUGUCUUCAGGCCAGUGGUUGUCUUAACAGAUGAACUCAUUGAAGCACUCAAACGCUUCUCUUUUUGGUCUGUGAGUCUUGGAUGUGUUUCCAGCUCCAUCUUCAAGAGCAUCCAUGGAAAUAUGAUCAUAUGGUAUGGUGCUUGGAUGAAGAGGUCUGAUGAACAAAAGAAGUUACUCCAUGAAACUCUUUUAUCCAAGUUGCACCAAGUAUCCAGUCUGGCUGUCUUGCUGGACCAUAGCUUCUUCAAGGCCUACGCUGGAGAAUCAAAGAACGGUUUUCCAGCUGCGAAAUUCUCAACCGGCGAGAUAAUCUCCAUGAAUGCAAUGAAACUGAGCUCAAACAUAUUUAACAACCUCUCCUACUUAUGUUUAGCAUUGUUCAAGUCUAAUUUCUUGAAGAUGGAGGGAGUAGCUGCUGGGGUUUGCUUCCGGUGUGAGGAGAGGCCAAAGGUGGUCUGUCUUUAUGUGUGGAAGUCCCUUAAGGCUUGUUAUUCAUGGCUUCUCAACUCAGACUAUAGAAGUACAAUUCAACUCUAUAUAGAGCCCAUCUCUCCUGAUAUCAAGUAUGACAUAUUUUGGGUUGUGUAUGUUAAUAGUGAUGAUAAAUUUAAUAUAGAGUUUCUUCCUCCUUCAAGAAUGCCGGAGACUGUUGGAGGAGGAAGCUAUGAUGAUGAGAUGAGCCAGCAGAAGCAAGAGUUUGAGAAAGAGAUCCAUUAGAUUCUGUAAGUUUUAAAAGAGGCACCAAUUAAUAUUUACCUUAGUUCUA